AGUCGAAGUCGACGAAUUCGCGCCCAAAAAUGUUCGGAGUCGAAAGUUCGGAAGUUCUCGGAGUCGGCCCACCCUUACCUCCCACCACACCCCCAGCGACAAGCGCGCUCUUCCAUUAUUUAUGGUGUAGACAGCACUAACUAUCGCGCACCUCCAGCACGUUGCAGAAACUCAAGCACCUUGAGCUCCCUCAGCUCACUGCAUAAACGCCAAGCACUCUCAACAGUUACACAUCGCUACAGGCUAUCUAUUAAUUAUAUACAACUAACUCACCCGACAAGAUGGCAGACAUAACACUUGACGACUUCCUGGUGGAGAUAGGGGACCUGGGAAAGUACCAGAAGAAAUUGAUCGUCCUUUGUUGUCUGCUCGUCAUCCCGUCGUGCUUCCAGACGUACAUCCCGCUGUUUAUUCUCAGCACCCCUUUACACAGAUGCGCCCUAGACAACAUGGACAACGACACCUGGGCUGUCCAGGGCCCUCACCAUCAGCUUCUCAUCAACGCCUCCUUUCCUUCAUACUCGGACCCUGUCCACUCCUGGGCACGCUGCCAAAUCUGGAGACCUUUGAGGAACGACAGCAGCAACAACAACAACAACAGCAGCAGCAGUAGCAGCAGUAGUAGCAGCAACAGCAGCAACAGCAUCAGCAGCUUUAUGUCACCCAAGCGAGUUGACAACGUCUCGGGAACUGUGUUAGAGAAGUGCGGUCGCUGGGUGUACGACAGAACCUAUUACAACCCGUCGCUCGUAGAGAAGCUGAAUCUCGUCUGUGACAGAAAAGAAUUUCGAACCUACGCCAAUAUGUCCAUGAUGAUGGGCAAGCUGAUCGCUGGACUGAUGCUUGGGAUCUUCUCUGAUAUUAUGGGUCGGAAAAGAACUCUCGUGGUCUGCAUCCUCUUCAUGGUCUUUGGAAACUUCAUCAAUCUGUUUGUCUUUGACACAGUCUCGCUGAUCGCCUUCCGGUUCCUGGCAGGGAUCACGACGACCAGCAUCUACCUGGCCAUCUAUGUGUUAGCCCUGGAGUUCAUGAGUCCGGCCUACCGCCGAGUGUUCAACAUUCUGGCCAGUCUUGUCUGGAUCGCCGGCGGUGUCCUUCUCAACGGCUUGGCUUACCUGCUGAGAGACUACUGGUACCUGUCCCUGGCCGUCGCCUUACCUACCGUGCCUUUCCUGGCCUUCCACUGGAUAGUGUACGAGUCCCCACGUUGGCUACUGUCCAGGGGGCGGAGCCAAGAGGCCAAGGUCAUUUUACAAAAAGUAGCAAAAGCCAAUGGCGUGGCUUUUCCUGAGGAGAAGUUCGAGAAGAUGUUGGCCUCAGAGGUCAAGGUUGCCAGAGACGCUGCUGAGAAGAAGCUGGUGAGCACGGAUGACGUAGGUGGGGAUGUCAGGCGGGAGGGGGAAACGGACACAGAUCGCAGGGAAACGCUGGUGGACGUGUGCCGCUACAGAACAAUGAGCAUUCGCUUCGCUCUCGUCAUCGUCAAUUGGAUCGUCAACAGUCUGGUGUACUACGCCCUCCUGUUCAACACCUCCAACUUGUCAGGCUCCAUCUACCUCAACUUCUUCCUGAUCAACUGUGUGGACGUCGUGGCUAACCUGAUCGCUUUCUUCCUCUUGGAGAAACUAGGACGUAAGAUGAGUUACUGCGGCUUUAUGUUGACAGCGACGCUUUCCUGUUUGAUCACCAUUCUUCCGUUUUUCUUGGCCAGUGGAGGAAAUCUGAUUGGAGUUCUGAGAGGGACGUCUCUAAUGAGAAGGAGUUAAUGCCUAUCUAUGUGAGGAAGGAGAAAGGAGACCUUGACGGUUAAGAUGUUUAGGGUGUUUGGAAAGACAGAGAGAGAGAGGGGGGGGAGAG